AUGGAAGACUUCCAGGACCUCCGUUUGGAUCUCAAGAACCGGGUGGCCGCCCUGCUCACCCACAGUUUCGAUGACGACCUGGCGGACUCGCUCACCUACAGCGAGCAGCUCGAGAAGCUCCUCAUGCAGCCCGCCGGCGAGAAGGCGAAGCCCAGGCGGCGGCUGGUCUUCGACAGCCUGAGGAUCCACGACUUCGACAAGUUUCUGUGGGACCGCCUACUGGACGACCCCAUCACCACGAUCCCCGCCUUCGAAGAUGCCGUGGCGGAUUUCGCGAAGGAUGCGGAUCAAUUCUCGGAUGAGGCGCAGAAAGCGAUUCAGGAGAAUGACGAGCUGAGGGUGGGAUUCAGGGGAGAGUUUGGAGGCCACCUCGUGUCGCCGCGGACCCUGUCGGCUUCGCGGAUGAAUGGGCUGGUGUGCGUCGCUGGCAUCGUGACCAAGGCGACGGCCGUGCGGCCCAAGGUCGUGCACAGCGUGCAUUACUGCGCCGCGACCAAGAAGUACACGGAGAGGGAGUAUAGGGACGUGACCAGCAACACGGGCGUGCCGACGGGCGCUUCCUACCCCACACGAGAUGAAAAUGGUCACCUUCUGGAAGCGGAAUAUGGGUUGUGCAAGUACUGUGACCAUCAGGUGAUAACUAUUCAAGAGCUGCCAGAGCUCUCGCCACCAGGCCUGCUGCCCAGAUCAAUUGAUGUCAUCUUGGAGGACGACCUUGCAGAUAUGUGCAAGCCUGGAGACAGGGUUUACGUUUGUGGGAUCUUCAAGGCGGUCACCCCCAGGUCGACCCAGUUCAGUGGCUUCUUUCGAAGUGUUGUUGUGGGCUAUAACGUGGAGCACAUCAACACAGAGUUCGAAACAGAGUUCUCCAGCGAUGACAUAAGCAUGAUCAAGCAAGUUGCCGAGAGCUCAGAUCCGCUUGGUUGGAUAGCAAAGUCCCUUGCCCCCACAAUAUAUGGGCACGACAAUGUGAAGAAGGGCCUUGUCUUGCAGCUCUUUGGAGGAAACGAGAAGAAUCUGAGCAACAAGACACACUUGCGUGGGGACAUCAACUGUCUGUUGGUUGGAGAUCCUGGUGUGGCCAAGAGCCAGCUCCUAAGGGCUGUCAUGGGGGUGUCUCCUUUGGCAGUGAGCACAACCGGAAGGGGUUCCACUGGUGUGGGGCUCACAGCUGCAGUCACAACUGAGCAAGACACUGGAGAAAAACGGUUGGAAGCAGGGGCUAUGGUCCUGGCGGAUCGGGGAGUGGUAUGCAUCGACGAGUUUGACAAGAUGAAUGAUCAAGACAGGGUGGCCAUCCAUGAGGUCAUGGAGCAGCAGACAGUGACCAUUGCCAAGGCAGGAAUACAUUUGUCGCUGAAUGCACGCUGCAGUGUCCUGGCAGCUGCAAACCCACUGCACGGAACCUACGACCACUCCAUGUCGAUCACUAGGAAUGUGAAUCUGCCAGAUUCUCUCUUGUCGCGUUUUGACAUGGUUUUCAUCGUUCUUGACAACAUGGAUUCUGACAAGGAUAGACAGAUGGCAAAUUUCGUUCUCAAACUCCACCGGGAGGCCACUGGACAACAUGGGACGAGUGCUGGAUUGCAGCAGGACAUUCACAGUUGGCACAUGGGCCAUGCCCUGGAUGAUGAGCCUGGCAAGAUAUUCAUGACUAACACAGGAGCGACAUGGGGAGGAAGCGAAGAGGACCAAGAGCAUCCACUGACUGCCCAGUUUCUCAAGAAGUACAUCAAGUAUGCCAAGAAGCAGUGCAGUCAAAUUGGCCUUUCAGAGGGAGCUUGUGAGGCCAUCAAAGAAUAUUACGUGGAACUGAGGAACUCGUCGCGGGAAAGAGCUUUGCCAGUGACCGCCCGUACCUUGGAGACCAUCAUUCGCCUAUCCACAGCUCAUGCGAAGCUGUGCUUGCGGGACGCGGUUCUGGAGGAAGAUGUUCAGAGAGCCCAGGAACUGAUGGAUGUCGUGCUCAAAUUCGAGGAUCAAACCUCCCAAAACAGGGUUGCCCGGCCCAGAACGCCAGGCCAAGAUGGUGAGAGCGACAUCAUGGACUAUGAGAGCGAUGAGGAACCAACUGCACCAUCGCAAUCGCAGAGGAGGGGCGCUGGAAGUCAGGGAACUCGCAGGGCUGGCGUUCGCAAUCCUCCUAGUGUACAGGCUGAUGCAACCAUGGAGGUGGAUGAGGGGUUCACGUCUCUCAGCGAGGACAAGCAACGUGCUGUCGUGGAGGCCAUAAGGGCACUGACAGAGCGCGGACCCAUCCACCCACUGACGGCAAUUCAGCAGGAACUUGAUGCGAGGGGCGUCGCCAUUUCCGAGGACAGUCUCAAGGAGUUUGUGCUGUACAUUUCAGCGAAUUGCGACAACGUGCGCCUUUACCUGCCGAAGAUCCUCUUUGAUGAGGACACCAACCAAAUUUAUGACGUUGCCUGA